AUGGUAUUUGAUUCAUUAGCGGUGUUUGGUUACAAAAAAUUUUGGAAUGGGAAUGCACAUAAAAUUUCAUUUACGCCCUUAUCUUCUACCUUUCAGUUCAAAUUUUUCUUCCUUUUACUGGUUCGCUGCUCUCGCAGUAGCCGCAUAGCUAAAUCCAAAUCUGAGGAGGAAAUAGAUCAAUUCUUUAGUGCACAAAAUCGACUGGGGUUGGUGGUUAACAUUGUUCUAAUCGGCAAAAGCCGCAUAAGGAGCAGAAGACCGAGGAGCAUAUUGGGUGGUGGGUUGAGUGAGGAAGAUGGAGAAGGAGGUGACGUAUGUUGA